AUUAUAAUCUAAUUUAUUUAUAAAUUUUAAUUGUAUAUUUUAUACUUAGUUAUCCCAUAAAAAUUUGAAUAAUUUACUAAUAUCAUUUUAAUACAAAUAUCAUUUUAAUUACAAUAUAUUUAAUUUAAUUUUUUUAAAAUAAGAUUGAUAACAUAUGUAAUGUACAUCUGUCGUAGCAACCAAUGUUUUCAUUUAGUUUAAAUUUACUUAUUAAUAGUAGCAAGUAACAAGAAUCGUUUUUCUAGGUCUCGUAACUAUUAUAAUUAUUUAAUACAAAAUAAGCAUAAAAUAAAUAAUACAUAUAAAAUCCUUAAAUAUAUAUUAUAUUUAUCUUUUUUUAAAUUUUAAAAUAAAAUUUAUAUAAUUUAAAUAAUUAUAAUUAAAUUAAUUGUAUGUUUAUAAAUAAUAUUGAAUUUUAUAUGUAAUUAUAUAUUAUAAAUUUAGAAUAUAAAUAAUAUUAAAAAAUAUUAAAUUAUAAUUAAUAGUAUCAAAUAGUAUAUAGUGUAAAUGUUGGAAACACGAUCAGCUAUUUAUAAAAUAAUGGAAGUGGCGCGAGAUGAUAGACAGAUUAAUAAAUGGCCAUACCCGUUUUCAUUUGAAAUGACAGAAUAUAAUGAAAGAGAUUUUAAUACAAUUGUUAAACAUUCAUGUAAAACUAAAAAUUUAACUUCGAAAAUUGCAAAAGCAAUUAUAAUUGGUGAUGUUUCAGUUGGAAAAUCAUGUCUAAUAAAUCGAUUUUGUCACAAAAUAUUUGACAAUAAUUAUAAAGCAACAAUUGGUGUAGAUUUUGAAGUAGAAAAAUUUGAUAUUCUUGGCGUACCUUUUCAUUUACAAAUAUGGGAUACAGCAGGUCAAGAAAGAUUUAAAUCUAUAGCUGCAUCUUAUUACAGAAAUUCAAAUGUGAUCAUGAUAGUUUUUGAUUUGGCUAAUUUAAUAUCAUUAGGACAUUGCGAACAAUGGUUAAAUGAAGCUGCUCAAAGUAAUACAGAACCAUGUCAUAUAUUUUUAAUAGGGACAAAACAAGAUUUAUUGUCCAAUGAAAUAUAUAGAAUAAUAGAAAAACGAGCAGUUGAAGUAGCGCGGAAAAUGAAAGCUGAAUUUUGGGCAGUUUCCGCCAGAACUGGAGUCGGAAUAUCAGAACUAUUCACAAGAGUAGCUGCAUUAUCUUUCCAUUCCAUAAUUCUAAACGAAUUGCAAAAUACGAAGCCAGAAUCAAUUAACAUUGGUUCAAAUUUAAUAAUUUUAAAUGAUAAAAAGAUGGGGAUUCAAACGAGAAGAAGUAUAUGUUUUAAGUGUUCAACAUAAACAAUUAGAUAGUUACGCAAAAUAUAUACAUAUAUUAAAAAUAUGACAUUUUUUAAAAAUUUAU